AAGGCUUUAAUUAAUGCAUAUUAUAAACUAAAUUUUAAUACACUGCUCCGCAGUAGGUGUCACAGUAUAUUUAAAAAAAAACAUAGUAUUUUACUAAUACUAUUAUAUAAUAAUAAUUAAUAACACCGACGUCCAAUCUUUUCAUCACGAAUAUUGUUACGUUAUUUUAUUAUUUUAAUAAUUGUUAUAUAAUAAAACUAAGGUAGUGUCAUCUGGACUAUACUUAUUACUUAUUGUUAUCGAUGCAAAGGGCAUUUAAAGUACUUAGUUUUCUUCUAGUCACCAAAAAUACUUCAUCUUUAUUGAGUAGAUACUCAAGUACCAUGCAUAGCAAUAUCAUAACAAAGGAGUUUGGCCGUCAGUUUAAAGUACAAGUGUUGCCAGCUCUAUCUGACAACUUUAUGUAUUUACUAAUCGAUAAAACUACUGGAGAAGCUGCAAUAGUUGAUCCUGUCGCACCCAAUACUGUCUGGGAAGCAGUUAAAAGAGAAAAUGUAAAAUUAACAACAAUUCUUACUACUCAUCAUCACUGGGAUCACGCCGGUGGAAAUAAAGAACUAAUUGAUGGUAAUGUUGGCGACCCACUAACUGUUAUUGGAGGCGAUGAUAGAAUCGAUGGAUUGACCAAAAUGAUUGAUACAUCAGGAACAGAUUUAAAAAUAGGAUUGUUGGACGUUAAAUGCUUACGUACACCUUGCCACACUACAGGCCACGUUUGUUAUUAUGUUUCUACAGAUGAAGGCAGUGUGGUAUUCACAGGUGAUACAUUAUUCGUUGGAGGCUGUGGACGAUUUUUUGAAGGAAAUGCUCAGCAAAUGUAUGAAGCGUUAAUUGAAAUAUUAUCGAAACUUCCUGAAAACACAGCUGUAUUUUGUGGACAUGAAUAUUCAAUACAAAACCUUAAAUUUGGCUUACAUGUUGAACCGACUAAUGAAGAUUUGUUGUCUCUCUUAAAAACUGUUGAAGUCAAAAGACAGGCAAAAGAGCCAUGCGUGCCUUCUACUAUUGGUAUGGAAAAGUUGGUUAAUCCUUUUAUGAGAGUUGGUAUAGCUUCCGUGCAAAAUGCUACUAAAACACCAGGUAACUCAAUUGAAACAAUGCGUAUAUUGAGAGAAUUGAAAAACGAUUUCAAAGGAUAACAAUUAUAAUCAUUUCAAACACAAAAUAUUUAAUAAAAAUAAAUAACAGUUCUGUUUGUGAUGAAAUCUGUUAGAAAUAGGGACCCAUAAUACUUUUAAUAAAAAUAAUAUUUAAAAUGUCCUUAAUUUAAUAAAUAUUUAUAUUUAUA